AUGGCACAGCAACACAAUAACAGGAAUAGUCCGCAUUUAAACCAUCUUCAACAAAACGGCUCGGCACCUUCUUCACCUUCAAUGUCUGGCUCACAACAAGGUAAUCAACAACGACAACCUGUUAAUUAUCCAAGUCCUACAUCAUAUCCAUCACCCUCUUUGUCGACUUCGCAAUACAACUAUCCACCACCAGGUAAUCAAAACGAGCCGUAUCGCGCGAGUCCGACCGGAAGCAACGGUUCACUUUCUCUUCCAAGUAUGCGUUCUUUGGAUCCUCUUCAACAGCAGCAGCAACAGCAGCAGCAAGCCGCGCAACAUCAGCACAUGGGUUCACCGUUACCACCUCCAGUGGCUCAAAUGGGCGGACCGUAUUAUCAAAAUCAACUCCCACAUCCAUCACACCAGCACCAAUAUCCAAAUGUUACAUCUGAUCCGAAUAUGCGAUACGCGCUUCCAGCGGAUUCUCGAGUCAUGAGCGGAGGUCGACAUAAAAAGUGCGACGAACAACAUCCUGCCUGCCGAAAUUGUCAAAAGUCCAAGCGUGAAUGUUUAGGUUACGAUCCCAUCUUCAAGCAACAGCCAGGUCCUGCUGCCAUACAGCCAGCACCUAGCUCUGCCCCUUCACAAACUUCGUCAAUUGCCACGGCAAAUCCUUACGGAAACCAACCGCAGAUGCUACAGAGUGGUUACGGCGUUCCAGCAACAAUGGCAUACGAUCCUGCUCUUACUGCACCAAGCACUGGUGGUCAACAUUAUGACUAUUCAUCUGCUAUUGAUCCAAAUUUGGAAGCAUCUGCUCCAAUUCCGGUUAUCAACCCUUUUCACUCUGCUCCACCAGGUAUGCUCAACUUCCGCCUUCACCAAAAAUACAUGCACAGUCCAAUUCCAUACCCCUCUAAAAUAUCCGAUGUUACCCACCUCAGAGGUGGUGCUGGUUCCCCCCUUUCCCCUGCAGUUGCAUCUUUUGCAGAAGGAGCGGCUGACACGACUUUUCUUCCAGCCAAACGAUCCAUCAAUGAUCUUCUAGAAUUCGGCAACCCCCCUGCACCAGCUGACAACCCAGCGUCGGAUACCAUACAGUCCCCAGCGGCACUCGAAGAAGCAAAGCAUCUAUACUAUAGUAUUUAUGCCCCGGGUCUAGAGAGUUUCCUCGAAUCGAAGUGGUUCACUGCCAAAGGUGCUUCCAAACUGAUGAGCGACCAGCCACUACUUGAAAAGUUCGGAACACUCCUCCUACAAUUCUCGAAGACCAUUGUAACCGAUCCUGUUGCAAUAGCACACACUGCAAGCGUAGAAGCAAAGGUUGUUUGGGCUUUGUCCUGUAUGGUCAAACUUGGUGCCGAGGAAGAGGGAGAAGGCAGGUCAGAAUCCAGAAAUGUGCUUCCUGCUCAGGAUGAUGCAGUCGAGGCAGAUCAUCGUUUGACGGUUUUCGAAUGUCUUUUGACAGGUAAAGUUGCCGAACGCAAUCUGCUCACUGCCCCUGUCCCAGGAAGCGGAGAUCACCACAGAUUGCGAGAAUUGGAAUUCUGGUACUCUUUAGCAAACUUUGUUUGCCUCCGAGAAGAUGACCCGAAUUGUGCCAAGGAUGUCGAUGACACUCUUGCUACCUUGAGAAAUCUCUUGGAUGGCCGAGAGAACCGUGAUGUCUUGUACUCAGUUGCCAUUAUACGCGCUAUCGGACAACGUGUUUCUGAAUAUACACCUAGCGACACACCACUCCACUUCGAUGAAAGUGAUAACCGCAGUAAGCUUCUUGUUGCAAAGAAGUUUAUUCAAGAUGAGGCAAGUGGUUCAGGAACGACAAAUGUUAUCAGAAGAUUGUGUGAGCUUGCCACACGCACAUGGACAACUCCGGCACCUCUUGUACCUAUGCCAAAAUAA